ACCAUAAAAAGGAAAACUUUGAGAGACUCUCUCUCGCUUCGGUAUAUUCGCCGCCGCCUCCUCCUCCUCCUCCGGUGAGUUCUGAAAUGGCUACCGUAACAACCAAUGCGCCGCCUAAACCCUUCUCCUUCUCCGUUUCCAAUCCUCUGAAAUCUCAAAUCCCCAAUUCUCAAUCUCUCUCCUUUCCACCUCGCAAGAUCCAUCAGCGUCGUUUAUCGGUAAACGCCUCCGUCUCUGCACCGCCGUCAAUCGAAACCAAAAAUGCACCUUCACCGGAUUACAGAGUCGAGAUUCUCUCCGAAUCCUUACCCUUUAUCCAGAAAUUCCGAGGGAAAACCAUAGUUGUCAAAUACGGAGGCGCAGCCAUGACUUCGCCGGAACUCAAAUCCUCUGUAGUCAGCGAUCUCGUUCUGCUCGCUUGCGUCGGUCUUCGUCCGAUCCUCGUUCACGGUGGAGGUCCCGAUAUCAAUCGUUACCUGAAACAACUCAACAUCCCAGCUGAGUUCCGCGACGGGCUUCGCGUUACCGACGCCACAACGAUGGAGAUCGUCUCCAUGGUUUUAGUCGGAAAAGUCAAUAAGAAUCUCGUUUCUCUUAUUAACGCCGCCGGUGCUACCGCCGUGGGACUAUCGGGACACGACGGUCGUCUUCUCACUGCACGACCUGUCCCCAAUUCAGCUCAGUUAGGUUUCGUCGGUGAGGUUGCGAGAGUAGAUCCAAACGUGUUGCGUCCGCUUGUUGAUUACGGUUAUAUUCCGGUGAUUGCCUCUGUCGCCGCCGAUGAAGCUGGUCAAGCUUACAACAUUAAUGCAGAUACAGUGGCUGGAGAGCUUGCGGCGGCGCUUGGAGCUGAGAAGUUGAUUUUGUUGACUGAUGUGGCUGGAAUCUUGGAGAACAAAGAGGAUCCGAGUAGCUUGGUGAAGGAGAUUGAUAUAAAAGGUGUGAAAAAGAUGAUUGAAGAAGGGAAAGUUGCUGGUGGGAUGAUUCCAAAGGUCAAGUGUUGUAUAAGGUCUCUUGCUCAAGGAGUGAAGACGGCGAGUAUUAUUGAUGGAAGGAGACAACAUUCUCUGCUUCAUGAGAUUAUGUCUGAUGAAGGAGCUGGAACUAUGAUUACUGGAUAAUUUUGCUUUAAAAUGGGUGAUCGAUCAUCAAUAUCAAGUUCAGUUUUUUUUUUCUUUGUAUUUGAGAAUGCCCCACUGUUUGGCCAUUAAGAUGUCAAAAUCAUUUCUUUCUAGUCUUAAAAAGUUUUUGGGUUUGCAUCUGCAACUUUGAUGUCUCCGGUUUCAGUGAUGGUCCUUGGUCUUUGAAAGUUUACAUUUUUAGAGAGAAUGAGCUGUUGUAAGAAUAGUUGUCUGAGUAAAUCUUUGGCUAUGUUUCUUAGUAUACAUUUUCGACCUUUUGUCUUUUGGAAGGAACAUCAUUGACAUAUCAGUUUAGCUAACAAUGGUGAUUGAUCUUUCUUGCCAUGUCAUUGUCUCA